CCAAUUAACUUGGGAGUUCUAGGGUUUACGAGAUCAUCAUGGUUCUCAAACCAUGCGAAGUGGAGACGACGAUAAAAGUAAAUUCGAGCAAGUUUGAGAUUGAAGAAGAAGGGAAUGAUAAUAUUGAUGAGGAGCGUGAUGAUGAUGAUGAUAUCAUAAUGGCGCCUGAAUGGGAUGUGGACAGCUUCGAUGGUUUAGAGUAUUAUUCCUCUCCGGAGGCUCAACUUUCCUCUGACGAGCAACCUUUAUCGGACGAGGAGGAGGCUUUAGAAAACUAUCGCAUCGUUAAACGCCAGCUGAUCGAGAGCAAGGGAUUUUACGUGGAGCCAGAGAGAAGACUAAUUUAUCUCUUCAAAGGAAUCAAACCAAUGAGUUUGGACCGUAAUGCGAUUGGGGCAAUAACCUUUCGUGAGUACUGGGAAGAGAUGGUACGUAAGGUGGAGUUGGUUGAAGUUGUGAGAGGCAAUUAUCGAGGUGGAGCAAGAGCCAAGUCAUACAUUACAUUUAUGGCCAGGGAGAAGCCGAAUGGACCUCUUGUGGAGUAUCAAGCUAAAUGUAUGGAUACUCUUGACGGAAAGAGCCACCCUAUCCUCUGUAGACCGGUUUUUAAACCAAAGCCUUUUAGCUAGUUUUGGGUUGAUUUGCCGAGACUCAAAACGUGAUUAGGCGCAAAAGUGUUUAGAUAUCUAUGUCAUUGGUGCUUUUGGUUUGAAACUGUGCGUGAUCAUAUACAUGUUUCGGCCGAGCUUUUACAUGUAGGGUAUAGGCAACAAAUAAAGUGCAUAUCGUUACUUAUUGAUUAUGUAAAUCUCCCUGUGCAUGAUUCUCGGAAUAAAGAAGAACUAUGGAG